AUGGAGGCCAUCUUAGACUUCAACCAAGACCUCGACGUCGGUCUGAUUGACCAGGUAGUCACAGCAUUCUACACCUCAACGGGUGAAACACAACAAACAGCACAGCGUGUCCUCACACAGUUCCAAGAGAACCCCGACUCAUGGCAGCGUGUCCCCGCUAUUCUCGAGUCAUCGGCUAGUAUCAACACAAAGUACAUUGCGCUCCAAAUCCUCGAAAAGCUGGUCCAGGUGCGAUGGAAGACUUUGCCGUCAGAUCAGCAGACUGGUAUCCGAAACUUCAUUGUGGGCGCGACAGUUGAGAUAGCAUCUGAUGAGUCGCGGAUGAGAAGAGAAAAGGGUUAUUUGAACAAGCUCAACUUGGUUCUGGUCCAGAUCCUCAAACAGGCUUGGCCCAAGGACUGGCCCCAAUUCAUCCCCGAAAUCUGCCAGUCAUCUCAAUCCAACCUCUCCCUCUGCGAGAACAACAUGAUCAUCCUUCGUCUCCUUUCUGAAGAAGUUUUCGACUUCUCCGCCGAGCAGAUGACUCAAGCAAAGACAAAGGCGCUCAAGCAGACAAUGUGUGCAGAGUUUGGAGAAGUGUUCCAGUUGUGUAAUGAAGUGCUGGAUAAGGCCAACAAGCCAAGUUUGGUGGAGGCGACUCUGGAGACGUUGUUGAGAUUCUUGAACUGGAUCCCGCUAGGAUACAUUUUUGAGACGUCGAUCAUCGAUAUCUUGGUCGGAAGAUUCCUUGAAGUUCCCGACUUCCGCAAUGUCACUCUCAAGUGUCUUUCCGAAAUCGGCGCUCUCAACGUUGGCCCAGAGUACAACAGCAAAUUUGUUGCGCUGUUCCAGGUCGUCAUGACCAGCAUCAACCGAAUGGUCCCCCCUUCCACUGAUAUGGCCGGCGCGUAUGCCUCUUCUGACGAUGAGGACCAACAACUUAUCAAAAACCUCGCCAUUUUCCUCUCCAACUUCCUUCAUACCCACCUCCGCCUUAUUGAAACCCCCGAAAACACCGAGCUUCUCAUCAACGCCCACCUCUACCUCGUCAAGAUUUCCACUGUUGACGACCGGGAGGUGUUCAAGAUCUGCCUCGAGUACUGGGCCAAGCUUGUGACGGAGCUUUACGAGGAGAUCCAGUCAUUACCGCUCAACGACAUCAACCCGUUGAUGAACCUCAACCUGGGCGGCCUUGGAGGUGGCUUGAACGGUGCGCAGGGGAUGGGCUUGAACGGCAUGCCCCUCCGCAAGAACAUCUACUCCGACAUUCUCUCCAAUCUCCGUCUUGUGAUGAUUGAAAAGAUGGUCAAGCCCGAAGAAGUCUUGAUUGUUGAGAACGAGGAAGGUGAAAUUGUUCGAGAGUUUAUGAAGGAGAGCGACACCAUCGUUCUUUACAAGAGUAUGAGAGAGGUGCUGGUCUACUUGACCCAUUUGGAUGUUGUGGAUACCGAGACGAUAAUGACGGACAAGCUAUCCAAGCAGAUCGAUGGGUCCGAGUGGAGCUGGAACAACCUGAAUACGCUUUGUUGGGCUAUUGGUUCCAUCUCUGGCGCUAUGAACGAGGAGACUGAGAAACGAUUCUUGGUCACUGUCAUCAAGGAUCUCCUUGGCUUGACCGAGAUGAAGCGAGGAAAGGACAACAAGGCUGUCUGUGCUUCCGACAUCAUGUACAUUGUCGGACAGUACCCUCGAUUCCUCAAGGCGCACUGGAAGUUCUUGAAGACUGUCGUCAACAAGCUCUUCGAGUUCAUGCAUGAGACCCACGAGGGUGUCCAAGACAUGGCUUGUGACACUUUCAUCAAGAUCGCCCAAAAGUGUCGCCGUCACUUUGUCAUGCAGCAGGCUGGCGAGCAGGAGCCGUUCAUUGACGAGAUCCUCCGGACGCUUCACCGGAUCACCGUCGACCUCUCUCCCCUGCAAGUCCACACCUUCUACGAAGCUGUUGGCUACAUGAUCGCUUCCCAGCCCAACAAGCCUACGCAAGAGAGGCUUAUCGAAAAGCUCAUGGAGCUGCCCAAUAACGCUUGGGACAACCUCAUGCAGCAGGCCGCUAGUAAUGUCGACAUUCUUGGUAACCCUGAGAAUGUCAAGAUUAUGAGCAACAUCUUGAAGACAAACGUCUCGGCUUGCUCUUCGAUCGGGUCAUUCUUCCUUCCUCAGCUCGGUAGGAUCUGGCUCGAUAUGCUCGGGUUGUACAGGACUGUCAGUGGGAUCAUCAGUGAUGAUGUUGCCAACCAGGGUGAGGUUGCUACCAAGACACCCAAGGUCCGAGCCCUUCGAACUAUCAAGAAGGAAAUUCUCAAGCUCGUCGAGACUUACGUCAAGAAGGCCGAGGAUACUCAGGGCGUUUAUGACAACCUCAUCCCGGGGCUUUUCGACGCGGUAUUGGGUGACUACAACAGAAACGUGCCCGCCGCGAGAGACGCCGAGGUCUUGAACGUCACCGCUACAAUCGUUUCGAAGCUCGGCCCCAUCCUCUCUCCCCAGAUUGCCCCCAUCCUCGACGCCAUCUUUGAACCCACUCUCACUAUGAUCAACCAGGACUUUGCCGAGUACCCUGAGCACCGAGUUGGCUUCUUCAAGCUUCUGCGGGCUAUUAACUUGACAUGCUUCCAGGCGCUCUUGGAGAUUCCUCCGGCGCAGUUCAAGUUGAUCAUCGACUCUAUUGUCUGGGCCUUCAAGCACACCAUGCGAGACAUUGCCGACACUGGUCUCAAUAUCGCCUACGAGAUUGUCAACAACUUUGCCGCUUCUUCUCCCGACAUCUCCAACCAGUUCUACCAGCAAUACUUGCUGUCGUUGCUUGGUGAUGUGUUCUUUGUCCUCACCGACGCCGACCACAAGAGCGGGCUGAAGAUGCAGGGUAUGUUGUUGGCGCAGUUGAUUGCGUUGGUGGAGACUGGCCAGGUGCAGGCCCCAUUGUUCGACCCGGCUCAGGUGAACGACGCGGGAAUGACCAACGCGUUGUUCUUGAAGGGGUACAUCUCUGACUUGUUGACAAACGCCUUCCCUAAUGUGCAACCUUCUUCUCUUGCCACCUUUGUCAACCUCAUGUUUGAGAAUGCGUCCGACCACAACAAAUUCAAGCUCACCAUCCGAGACUUCCUCAUCUCUCUCAAGGAGUUCUCGGGCGAAGACAGUGGCGAGCUGUAUCUUGACGAGCGCGAGGCCGAGGCCGAGAAGCGGGAGAAGGAGCAGAGGGAGGCGGCGAGUAGGAUUCCGGGAAUGUUGAAGCCAGCGCAGAUCGAUGAUGAUGCCGAGUUAUAG